GAUAGAAGGAUAUCUUGAAGGGGUUUGAAAGAAGAACUGAAGACAACCAAUAGAAAGCAAUCAUCCAGGAUGCGCCUGCUGGUGGUUUUAUCUCUGCUCCUCUGCAUAUUGGUGUGCACGCACCAGGCAGGAGCAGAAAUGCAGGGAGUGAGGCUGUGUGGUCGGGCAUUUCAGAAGGCUGUGGUCUACACCUGUGGAGGCUCCCGUUGGAGGAGAUUCUUCAGUGAGCCAGAUAUUGGUGGUCUGCCCUCAGGAGAGCAGAACAGCUUGGAAAACCUUAACAUCCCCGGAUCUGACUUGACCAAACGGGAUAUGAACACUUACCUGAGAGUCAUCUGCUGUCAGGUGGGCUGCGGGAAGAACGAACUCACCUACAUGUGCUGAUGACCGCUGGGCUUUACGUUUUUACUCUCAGAGUGACCAAAAUGACUACCUUGUGCCCCAUAUUGGCUUUAUACCUACAUUUCACUCUGACGUCUCUCUUAACGAUCACUGUACAACUGAGAUUUGUAAAUGUGGAGCAUCUUUGAAUGUUUAUGUAUAAAUCUGAGCUGAAUGUUUACCAAUAAACCCAUGAUUGUUUUGGACACAACUUGUAUAAAAGCUUGUCGGGCUGCAUUAAUUUUAUAUAAAUUUCUCUUUUAAGAGAUGAAGUAUCUAAGGCUUAUGGUGUUUCGUAA